AUGAGCAAUUUUCUUAAUAAAUUAUUAGGAAAAGAUGGUGAAUCAACGAGUCAUUCUUGUUCACAUAAAGCUGAUGUAAAAUGUGAAAGUGGAACUUGUAGUACAUCGAUAACUGGUGGUGAAAAACUUGGCCGUAAAAGUGAUGAUGAAAUAGUAAACAUUAAUACUGAUGAACAAGUUAUCGAAGGUCGAACAGUACAACGUGAAGGUGUAAAUAUUAAAUCAAUUGUUUCAUCAGAUAUCAUUUCAAAUGUAGCAAUUGCUAAUCAACAAAAACUUAAUGAUCUCAUUUCAAAAUUAACAAAAAUCGAUGCAGAAAUUCAACGUGAAAUCGAUCUAAUUGUUGCACGUACACAUCAUCAGCAAGAAGAACUUCUUCGAAAAGCUAAUGAGGAUAUCAACCAAAUUGAUACUAAAUACCGUUUACGAUUACAAAAAAUGGUUGAAGAAAUUGAUGUCAAUAAAGCAAAACAAAUAGCUGAAAUUGAAAAAGAAUUAAAUAAAUUACAAAGUGGAAUAUUAAAAGCUGCUAAAAAUGAUAUAGAUCUAUUAAAUAGAAAAGCAGCUGGUCUUAAAAUUGAUAUUUUACAAGAAGCACAAUCAAAAGUAGCAUUACAAACAGGUGAUAUUACUACUCAAGCACAACAUUUAAGUGAAACAUUAACUCAUCAUCAAUCAACAGGUACAACUACUAUUAAAACAGAUGUAUCAGCAGUAGCAACACCUAAUGAAAUUGGCAGUACGGAAACAAUAGAAAAAAUAUGUAUCAGAGACAAUCAUGGGUCGGCAAGUGGCGCUCAGAGAAUCUGA